UUUGAUCAGAGUUAUUUCUGCUGCAGACACAUCCUCACCUGACUGGAGAGCUUUGAGAAAGGUCUCAAGACAAUGAUGGACAUGACUGCUACACCUUCCAUUGACACCAAUGUAUGUGAAGAAAAUGGCUCUUUUAAUAACACCUAUGCUGGUCUGAAAAAGUCUCUCAACAUCAUGUCUGUCGUUAUCUACUCCCUGGAUUUCAUUCUGGGAGUGCUCGGAAAUGGAGUGGUUAUCUGGGUGACUGGGUUCAAGAUGAAGAAAAAAGUGAACACAGUUUGGAUCCUCAACCUUGCCGUGGCUGACUUCCUCUUCACAGCUUUCCUUCCUUUUAAUGUGAUAUACACAGCUUUCGGUUUCCACUGGCCUUUCGGCAAGUUCAUGUGCAAACUGGACAACACAGUAAGGUUUCUGAACAUGUUUGUCAGCGUCUACAUUCUGGUAGUGAUCAGCAUGGACAGAUAUGUGUCUGUGGUGUGGCCUGUCUGGGCCCAGAACCACCGAAGUGUAUGCAAGGCGUCCUGUGUGAGUCUGGGUGUUUGGGUACUGGGUCUGAUACUCAGCCUUCCAUCUUUCAUUUUCAGGGACAUUGUGCGAUCAUGUGAUGGAAAAGAAAUCAUCAUCAUCUGCUACGACAACUAUGCCUUUUCUGAUGACUUCGAUACACCAUCUGUGAAUCAGUUACGACUGCUUCGUUUUAAGGCCAUGACCAUCAUCCACUUCCUUCUGGGUUUUGCUGUCCCCUUCACUGUCAUUGUCUCCUGUUAUGCUGUGAUAAUCCAUCGUCUCAGGAGGAACCGCACCAGGGCCAGCCGCUCAAGUCGCCCCUUUAAGAUCAUCGCUGCCGUUAUCACUGUUUUUUUCCUGUGCUGGGCUCCCUUUUACAUCAUGACUCUAAUUGAGUUGUGGUAUCACAUUGGUAAUAUGUCAAGUGGAGUAUUAGAACUUGUCGUCACUAUCGGGGUCCCUUUAGCCACCAGCCUGGCCUAUCUUAACAGUUGCCUGAAUCCACUGCUAUAUGUCUUCAUGGGCCAAGAUUUCAAGGAUAAAGUUCGCAAAUCCAUCCUGAAUGUAUUUGAGACUGCUUUCCGGGAGGAGGUUUCCCACUCGCACACUGACACAAAGUCAGUGGACACCAGUCGGAGACUUGACGAGUCAGUUCUUAAUACUCAAGUAUAAGGUUGUGACAUGAAU